GCAAAGCUUUUAUAUCAGCUAAUAUUCCGCUUAACAAGUUACAAAAUACAGAGUUUCGUCAAUUCUUACAGCUAUACACACAAAAAGAUGUCCCCACUGAAUCGACACUUAGAAAGUUUUAUCUUGAUGAUUGUUACGAGGAAAUGAUGAAAAACAUAAGACAACGUGUGUUUUUAAAAAAAAUUUGGAUAUCGAUCGAUGAAACGACUGACGCUGAGGGAAGACAAAUUGCAAACGCCAUAAUAGGAACUCUAGAAGAAGAUAGAGCAGGUGAUAUAUUUUUAUUAAAUACCGACGCAUUAGAAAAAACAAACCACUCUACCGUAUGCAAAUUUUUCGACAAAUCGCUCAGUAUUUUGUGGCCUGACGGAAUCAAACACGAUGACGUGUUAUUAUUUCUAUCGGAUGCGGCGCCUUAUAUGGUUAAGUGUGGGAAAUCACUUAAUGCGUUAUAUUCAAAAAUGGUACAUGUGACGUGCGCAGCGCAUGGUCUCCAUAGGACUGCUGAAGAGGUACGUGGACAAUUUAGCACAAUCGAUAAAAUUAUAUCGAAUGUCAAAAAAUUUUUUUAAAAAAUCGCCAUCGCGUGUUCAGAUAUUCAAGACACAUGCCCCGAAUAUUCCCUUACCACCAGAGCCAGUUAUCACACGCUGGGGCACGUGGCUAAAUGCUAGCAUUUAUUACUGCGAAUAUUACAAACAAAUUUGUGAAAUUGUAGAAAUGUUAGACUCAGAAGACGCUUUAAGUAUAAAAAUAGCAAAAAAAAAUUUGGUAAAAACAUGUGUCAAAAGUAAUCUAGUAUACAUAAAAUCAAAUUUUAAAGUACUUUCAGAUUCAAUUUUAAAAUUACAAAGAAAAAAUAUGCCUUUAGCUGAAUCCUUAGAUAUUCUGGAAAAAGUUCAAGUUCAGUUACAAAUGGCUCAGGGUUAUGAUGGGCAAAAAGUGUAUAAGAAAUUUGAAACGGUUUUAAACAAAAACAGCGGAUUAAAAAUACUAAAACAGAUAUCAAAAAUAAUUGGAGGAGAAAGUGACAACAUGGAUGAUCUACAUGAAGAUCUUACCACAAAUGAUUUAAGUUUUUACAAGUUUGCUCCAAUUACAUCGGUUGAUGUGGAGAGAUCUUUCUCGAUUUAUAAAAAUCUCUUGACGGACAAUCGGAGAUCAUUUAAACUCGAGAACAUAAAGAAACACCUCUUACUUCAGUGCAACACGGGUAAAAAAUAA